AUGGUGGAACUACAUGGUCAGUUCUUUACCACAAAAGACUUGGCUAAUUCAAAGGCACUUCAAGCACAAACUGAAACUCUGUAUAGUUUACUCGAAGAAGAAUUGGGUCAGACUUCAAAUGAAGAAUUACAUGAGCUAACUCAAGACCAACAACAAGAGCUUCAAGACUUAUUGGAGAAUUUUAAGGGAGUUUUUGAAGAGAAUACUAGGCUGCCUCCUGAACUAGAUAUAAGUCAUGCAAUUGAAUUGAAGAAAGAUGCAGGUCAUGUGACUGUUAGGCCAUAUCAUUAUCCUCACCACCAUAAGGAAGAGAUCGAAAAACAAGUUCAGAGCAUGAAAGUGGAAUAUUUGGGUCAUAUAAUAUCAGAACAAGGUGUGGCUAUGGAUCCAUCUAAGAUUAAUAGCAUUUUGGAGUGGCCAAUCCUUCAUAAUGUCAAAGAAGUGAGGGGAUUUUUGGGGUUGACCGGUUAUUACCGGAAAUUCAUUGUUGGCUAUGGAAAGAUAGCUAAACCAUUUACAGAACUAAGAAAGAAGGAAUGA